ACCGGUAUUUAUUGAUGACGUCAAUACAACAUGGAAGGACUGGUGAUACUGGCAGAGAGAAUGCUUGAAUAUUAAGUACGUCUGCUUUGGAGAAUGUGAAGUCGCAGGGUCAAUAUCAUGCUAUGGUGACUGGAAUCUUCAGUGCCUUUUGCUUUUUGAUGCUGCACGUAUUUGUCGUUGGAUCAACAUCAGCGACCUUCCCUGAUGGUUAUACGGAGGCCAGGAACGCUAGGACGUAUGAUCGUUUCUUCGGGAAGGAGAAGUUAAAGCUUUGGGUCAUCUGGACGGACCUGGACGGGAAGGAUUUUUAUUUCGACUAUCCAGUCGAAAAAGAUGGCGUGCCGAAGUGGCAGGAUCGGGACAAAGUAUACAAUAGAACUUUCCCUUGCGGAAGCAGUGGUGUCAGAUUCCUUCACGAAGGAGGCAAGGAAGUGUUCGCGGUCCACCCGGACUGCUCCAUAUGCAUGGCUUUCUUCGCUUAUCUACGCCCGGCAAUGUACCAACCACAUGGCCUCAAAGUGGAGCUCCGAUGCUACAUAGAAGAUAGAGAGGCACCGACGGCAGCGUCAUCCAUGGAUAGGUCUUACAUUACUUGUGAUAGUUAUAAGCACGUUCCCGCCUGGAUUUUAUAUUUUAUCAUGCCAGUUCUUAUCAUGUUAACGAAUUACACCUUACAAUGCAAUACAUGUAUUAUGGUUGAAUGACAUCACGGACUUGUAAUAUGCGAAAAAAGAAAGUGCCGUAUAGUGCAGUUAUUAUGCAGGAAAAUUCACUUGGCAUUUAAAGUAUUUGUGUAUCAGUACAUAUAUUUAAGUUUAAUUUUUACAUUUUUGAAUGGCCACAGCUAGGACUUGGCCAUCUCGGAGUCUCAGGUGUUUAUGAUAGGCCCGUAGUUAAUUGCUUUGAAUUGAUGAAACAGAAAAGACUUGUUGUCCUUGAUAAAUGUUGUAUGUAUUUAGAUAUUUUGCAAUAUACAUGUAUACUUGUAUUGGACGAUGUUCA